AUGAAUGGAGCUCCUCGUAAACGCCAUUACUACGCCGAGCCUGGCAAUCCCCCGCCCUUUGCUGCUCCUUCAUACACAAAGAAAGCGCGGCCUUUUCUUUCGCCACCACCAACUGCUCGCGUGACAACAAGCAGCAAACGGUCCCAUCGAGUCGACGGGUUCGAGCGCGAAACAGUGGCGACUCCCGAGUCGGAAGAGAUCGAAGAAGACGAAGAAGUCGCGAAUCGAGUGGCUCAAGUGCUCCAUCAGUCGGUCGCAAUUGAUGAGGUCGACGAACUGGUUGGAGACGAAGUGGACGACGGACUCGAAGACGGUCCGAUGCCUCUCGUGGUGUUCCAGUGCAGCACGUGCCGCUCGAUCUUCGGAGACUCGUACGCCUUUGUGAGUUCCACGGAGCAGCUGUGGCUCGUGACGUUGAGCCACGUGACGAACGUGGCGCUGAAUCAGGAAGUCCAGACAGCAGGGACGGGACUGGAUAAUGGGAGUUCGUACUAUGAACUCCUGUGCCAGAACUGCCAAGCUGUGCUGGGACGCAAGUACUUGACGACGCCAGUGGCGCUGGACGGCAUCCGGGACUUGUUCAGUUUCUCGACUGAAGCCAUCACGUCGUAUACACUUGGAGAUCCGAUGCAGUCGGGUGAAGCAGGGGUAGUUCCUGCCAUGUCACACGCUGUAGCGGCGUGUCAAACGACCAUGUUGAAGCUGGCUGCAGACCGAAGUGAAGUCGUGAGACUGCGGGAGGAAAUGGAGAAGGUCAAGGGGCUCAUGGUGACGGUUGAUGACCGACUUGCGUGCUUGGAAGGUGAACCUGAAUCGGAAGAGGAGACAACACGACGGCAAAAGCUGCCACCUAGUGCGUGA